AUGGAAGGGCUGCGCAUGGCGGGGCUGCGCAUGGCGGGGCUGCGCAUGACGGUGCUCGGGUCCCGCCGGAUCAUCCCCGAGCUCACACUUCCUCUUCUUCCUUGGUCUCUCAUCCGCAACCGCUCCAAGUGUGUUGCCGCUGCUCGACUUGGCCGCUUCCACAUGACCCUCCCAGCCUGGGAGCAGACCACUCUCUCGUGCAUCCACCCACAAAAUUCGACACCGACAACCCUCGUUGAGGGAUUGUACCUGCGCUUGCGCAACCGGGAUGGCCGCUACUCCCUCAUGUUUGAGGGACGCUUUUUUUCCCGCUAG